GUCCCGCGCUCCGGUGCGGCCGCCAUGGGCCGCCGCAAGUCCAAGCGGAAGCCGCCGCCCAAGAAGAAGAUGACGGGCACGCUGGAGACGCAGUUCACGUGUCCCUUCUGCAACCACGAGAAGUCCUGCGACGUCAAGAUGGACCGCGCCCGCAACACCGGCGUCAUCUCGUGCACCGUGUGCCUGGAGGAGUUCCAGACCCCCAUCACCUACCUGUCGGAGCCCGUGGACGUUUACAGCGAUUGGAUCGACGCCUGCGAGGCCGCCAACCAGUGACCCCGGGAGGGGACACCGGGGGGGACACCGGGGGCGACACGGCCGGUCCCCAAAGCCCGGCGGGGCCAGGACCCCCCCCGGUGUCGGUGUCACCCCCCGGUGUCGGUGUCACCCCUCGGUGCCCCCCCGGCCCCGCUGUGUCGGUGACAUUUCUCCCCCCCCGCCGUGUCCCGUCCCCUCGGUGACACCGCCGGGGGCGGCGGCGCUGCAAUAAACGGCCCGAGGGCGGCCCGGUGUCCCCCGGUGUGCCCCGGUGUCAUUCGGUGUC